AUUGAUGGUAAAAAAUAUGCAAUUACCCAAGUCUGGAAGCUGAAGGAAGAGAUUGUAGCAAGACAAUUUAGUGCAAAAGUUCAGCAGUUAGCCCACAAUGGUCAAUGUGAUAGUGACAAUGUUGAAAGUACUUGGACUACUUUGAAGAAUUGUCUUCUAGAAGCUUCUGAUGAUACCUGUGGGUGGACGAAAGGACCAGCUAGACAUAGACAGACUAGUGGUGGAAUAAUGAGGUUGACCAGUGUAUAAAGGAAAAGAGGAAACUUUGAAAAGAGUGGAAGUCAGGUGGUAGUAAAAAUAUUUACUUAGAAGCUAAGCGUCGUGCUCCUACAGCAGUGCAUAAGGCAAAAUCAAAAGCAGAGAGAAACAGAUUUGCAGAUGUGUUAAGAAGGGAAGACCAGCGCAAUGAGGUAUUCAAGAUAGCAAGUAAAUGAAGAAGACUAACCAAGAUGUUGUAGGUGAGAUAUGUAUACUUAUUGAUGAAGGUGUUUUGGCUAGCACAGAGGAGGAGAAAAGGGUAGCUUGGAAGAAUUAUUAUCAGAGGUUGCUUAACACUGAGUUUGAUUGGGAGGAGGAUAAUUUGUCUGAUGAUGAUGUUGUAAAAGGGCCAGCUAUGCAGAUCAAGACAUAAUGGGUAGUGGAGGCUAUUAGGAAAUUGAAGAUUGGCAAGGCUGCAAGAGUAUCAUGUAUUGUUGCAGAGAUGGUAAAAGCAUCUGGAUAUAUUGGAGUUGAGCUUAUUAAAAGUCUUGCUAACCAGAUUAUAAAUGAUGGUGCUAUUCCGAGUGAGUGGCAGUCGAGUGUAAUAGUGAAUUGUUUCAAGGGCAAGGGUGAUGCAUUAGAAAGGGGUAACUAUAGAGGUUUGAAGUUGGUUGAUCAAGUAAUGAAAGUUAUUGAAAGAGUGAUUGAUAAGUUACUUAGAGAAAGGAUUGAUAUAGAUAAAAUGCAAUUUGGUUUUGUUCCAGGGCGUGGCACAACAGAUGCAAUAUUUUUACUCAGACAGCUUCAGGAAAAGUAUUUAGGAAAGAGAAAGAAUCUCUGUUUUGCCUUUGUAGAUUUAGAGAAAGCUUUUGAUAGAGUGCCACGUAAAGUUAUUUGGUGGGCUAUGAGAAAAUUAGGUGUGGAUGAGUGGCUACUUACGAUGGUACAGUCUAUGUACAGCAAUGCUAGAAGUCGUGUCAGGAUUAAUGAUUCACUUAGUGAUAAAUUUAGUGUAAAUGUUGGUGUACAUCAGGGUUCUGUACUUAGUCCUUUGUUGUUUGUUCUAGUCUUAGAAGCGCUGUUGAUGGAGUUCAGAACCGGUUGUCCAUGGGAGUUAUUGUAUGCAGAUGAUUUGGUUCUCAUAGCAGAGUCGAUGAAAGAAUUAGUUGAAAAGUUUAAGAAGUGGAAGAAAGGACUAGAAGAGAAAGGGCUAAAGGUAAACACAGCAAAGUCUAAAGUCAUGAUUAGUAGCAUUGCAGCCAAGUGUGACCUUGUAGUUGGAAAGUGGCCUUGUGGAGUUUGCAGGAAAGGGGUUGGUAGUAACUCAAUUUUUUGUCAGACUUGCAAGCAUUGGGUACAUAAGAAGUGCAGUAGUAUUAGUGGAAGGUUAAGAGCUGACAUUCAGUUUGUAUGCAAGCGUUACAAAGGUGAGAUUAUAGAGAAAGAAGUAUUUCCAGGUUUAAUGAUGUACAACAGUGACUCGUUAGAGAUAGUUGAGAACUUAUGUUACUUAGUUGAUAUGUUGUGCAGUGAAGGGGGUGUAGGAAGAAGUGUUACUUGCAGGAUAGGUUCUGCUUGGAAAAAGUUCAGAGAGUUACUUCCUUUGUUGACUAGCAGAGUCCUGUCAAUUGAGGUAAAAGGUAGGUUGUAUAAGGCCUGUGUAAGAAGUGUUAUGUUGUACGGUAGUGAGACAUGGGCAGUAAAGCAGGAAGAUCUUGACCGUUUAGAAAGGAAUGAUAUGAGAAUGGUUAGGUGGAUGUGUAACGCCAGUCUGAGAGACAGAAAGAGUUCAGAUGAGCUAAGAAGCAGGCUAAGUCUCCAUAGAAUUAAAGAUGUUAUCCAGAUAAGAAGAUUGAAUUGGCUGGGGCACUUGGAAAAAAUGGAGGAGGAUAAUUGGGUAAGAAAGUGUAGAGACUUGAUAGUUCCUGGGGCAAAGCCCAGAGGCAGACCGAAAAAGACUUGGCAUGAGGUUAUAAGGACAGAUUUGAUACAGAGGAAGUUGAGUUUAGAUCUAACACAGUGUAGUUCAGAUUGGAAGAGGGUCAUUAAUAUACCCCGUUCAACCCAUGCUAGCAUGGAAAACAAACGUUAAGCCGAGAAUGAUGAUGAUGACCCAAUUACCACUAAUGAAAGAUGCUGUAUCAGGUACGUUAAGGGUGACCUGUUUACGUCUCCUGCAAGUGAAAGUUUAGCUCAUUGUAUCAGUGCAGAUGCAAAGAUGGGCAAAGGAAUUGCUGUUAUGUUCAAAAAACAGUUUGGUGGUGUGGAUGAAAUUAUGAGUCAAGG